GUAUCGAGUCAGUCAUACUGACAACAUGUCAAGCGAUAAACGUGCGUUACUCUUGACAUUAGUCUUUAUAUUUUUAAACAUUGAAUUAAAUGUUAAUAGUUUAAGUCAACAUCCGGGCUCUGAUUUUAAUUCUAAAAAUGGAAGUGUGCGCUGUUUUACACGUAAAUCAAGUAUAGGUCGGGGAAUUGAAUGGUUAUUUAAAUCUGAAAUAGAUAAAAAUCAAUUAGAUGUUAAAUUUUUUUUAACAUCUCGACAAUAUCCCAAUCGAGUUGAAGUAACUCUAGGAAAUAAUUUCCGAUUAGAUCAAACGGAUUUUCGGAUUGAUCGUCGGACUGUUUUUAUUGUACAUGGAUUUAAAUCGAGUGGUCGUAAAAAUUGGGUUGAUAGAAUGGAUACAGCAUUUCGAUUAUGGAAUGAUGUUAAUGUUGUUAUUGUAGAUUGGGGAAAGUAUGCAAACACAGUUAAUUAUUACAAAGCUGCUGAACAUGUGAUGCCUGUAGGCCAUAAAAUUGUUGAAUUUCUAUCUCACGUUAUCAAUGCAACGCGUGAUUCUACUAUGAACAAUAAUAUAAAUGAACUAAAUUGGGGACCGAUUCAUAUGGUAGGCCAUAGUCUAGGUGCACAUAUAUGUGGUAUUGCAGCGAAUGAAUUUAGAAAAAUAUCAACACUGUGGAAUGUCACUCGUAUUACAGGAUUAGAUCCUGCCAGACCGUGUUUUUUAAGAAGCAACAUUUCAUUAGUUAAAACUGACGCCAAUUUUGUUGAUGUUAUUCAUACACAUGGAAAACCUUCUUCACAAUUUUCAUUUGGUUUACAAGAACCCAUUGGUCAUGUUGAUUUUUAUCCUAAUGGAGGUAAAAAACAGCCUUCUUGUAGUAGGAAUAAUAAACCUUGGUAUGCAAUUCUAUUUAAUCCUAAAAGUUGGAUAAAGCAAAAAACAUGUAGUCACGGUUUGUCACAUAUGUAUUUCACAGAGUCACUAAUUGCAGCCGCGUACAAUGCGGGAAAAUUUUGGGCUCACGAGUGGGACAGAUCCGCUCAAAGAGCUAUUGAAAUUAUUCAUGAGACUUGUGAUGAAAAUAAUUGCAUUGAAAUGGGUAUUAAUGCAGAAAAUUAUUAUGAUAAUAAUAAUACUGUUCUAGGAACAUUUUUUGUUAUUACCGCUAGUUCUCCGCCCUAUUAUGAUGUACACGCUAAUGAUCUGGAAAAUUUGGAGGCUAAAAUAACAGCGGGUUCAUUUUUGAAGUAGAGUACAAAAUUAGUUUAUUGGAAAAAAUAAACUUAAAUUUUAGUAAAUUAUUUUUAGUGCAAAUAAAUAUUUACUAUUAUCAUAACUAUAAUA